AUGCCGUCGCCUGAACGGCUCGAUGUCGAGAGCGACGAGUCCCGCGAGGCGCGUCUGGGUAACCUGUUCUCCUCCCUCUCGCAGGCUACCCCCGCUGCGCCGGCAGUGGACGCCGCGUUCCCUUUGCCGCCAAGCAGGCCUUGCGCGCUUCCCGAGAGCGAUGUCCUCGCGCGCGCCCGCGCCUUUUUGCCGCUCAUGGCCGCGUCCAACGCCGACAUUCUCGCGCGCGCCGCGUCCGACCCCACCAGCGUCAGCAUGGAGAACCCGUCCGGAGCGCACGUGGCCAUGGACGUCGGGCUGGGCGUGUUUGACGUGCAGGGCCAGGCGCCCGGCGCUGCCCAGGAGGAGAUGGGCCCGCUCGUGGAGCGCGACGCCGUGGUGUGGGCUGCUGCCCACGAGAGCGGUUCCGAGGAGGAGGAGGAGGAAGAUGAGGAUGAGGGUGAGGGAGAGGAUGCGGACGAGGCCGGACAGGCAGGUGUGUUGGUGAGGGAGGAGACGGGCGAGGACGAGACCAUGGGUUCUGGCUCGGAGUCCGAGACGUCUAGUAGCGACGGGAGCGAGGACGACUAG